AUGAGCUCCAUGAUCGAGACCAGUAAUGACUGGGUACGAGAGGAUGAGCUCGACUUGGGCCAGGAAGACGAUGACCACUCCCCGCCCACCCACAACGGCAUCUCCGACCAUGCCAACCCUCAGGAGCCAUCGCACCAUGACUCAAUGGCUUACUUCGAGGAGGAUAUCCCCGGUCUAGCUAGCGAAAGCCAUGUAUCGGGGAAGCCAAUCCCGCCUGUUGACGCCGAUUCGACCGACCUCCCCUCGUCGCCGCGGUCCGGGCAGCCCGGCGCUCCCGGUAGCGUUGAUGAGACCCUUUCGACGCCGGAUGAUACCCCGUCCUUGCAUGGAUCUCUUCUAUCGUCGCGAAGCAGCAGCGCGUUGGCCCUCCGGGGCUCCCCUCACCUCAGUCCCAGUCCUUCCCAUCGCCCAUUCGACCGUCGCUUUCAGUCCAGACUAUCGUCCGCUUCGCCCGUUAGUUUCCGGUCAUCAUCGCCGUUUCUAGCCCAGCUUCACUCUCGAAAAUCCUCCCUUACUAGCCACCUAUCGCCGGGUACCGUCGACUCGGGUGUAGACACCCCUCUGGGGCCCUGGGAUGUCGUGCAAUGGACUAGGUUGAGGAAGAUCAAUGGGCAGGCGUUUUCGGAGGUUGGAAAGCGGAACUUUGGGUAUCCCACUUGUAUGGCCGUCUCGACGUCUAUCGUUGUGGGCACGUCCAAGGGCAUUAUUCUGGUGUUCGAUUACCAGCAGAACCUGAAGACAAUCGUGGGACUUGGGACAAAGGCUGUUGAAUGUGGUGCGAUCGCAUCCCUAGCGCUUUCGGCGGAUCAUUCGACGGUUGCGGGGGGCCACACUUCGGGCGACAUAUUCACAUGGGAGAUAUCGCGGUCAGCACGACCGUUCCUUCAUAUUCCCCCAAUCCCAGCCAACCAAGUCGAUGCUCGAACUUCCGAUGGUCAUAUCUCGGGUGCGCCGGUCAUCCAUGUAGGAUUCCUAGGCACGCGACGCACGGCACUUGUCUCUGCUGAUAAGCGAGGAAUGGCGUUCUCCCACCUGGCGACCCGGGGCAUGGGCGCAAUGGGACGAACGGUGAAGACCACCCGGAUUUUGGGUCGUUAUCCCCAGGUCUUUGCUGAAGGAAGCCGGCCGCGAAAACCGAGUUCGGUCCUGGCAUUUUCGCCGCUCCCGCUCGGCAAUGUCGAGCAGCCAACCGACUCGCUAGGUCUGGUGGCAAUGCUCACUCCCUAUCUCUUGGUCAUUGUCUCGACUACGCCUGUCGCGCAAACGCAGCACAAAUCGCCCCGCCCGAAAGAAGUUACCGCGCAUGGUGCCAUGACCGGCGCCCUGGCCUGGUUUCCGGCCAUCCGGCUCAAGGGCAAAGAUUCCGAGAUUUCCAAAACGAAGCUUGUGUAUUGUUGGUCCAAUGUGCUGACGGUGAUGGAUGUCUCGGAGGUGGAAACCGAUGAGGCGCCGAGCCGGGAUCGCCCUCCAAGCCUCGCCUUCAAACCCCGGAGCAGAUGGAAGGCCGAUGAAGCGAUCGUUGCAGUGCAGUGGCUGAGUCGCUCGGUGCUGGCGGUGCUGACAAUCACACAGCAGUUGCUGAUUCUCGAAGAUUAUUCAAUGCGCGUCACGGAAGCGGUGGACCUCCUCAACCGGCACAUCUACCACGUGGAUCUGUUCUCUGCUCAUCUGCAUAGCCUAGUGGAGCAGUUUAAUGAAGAGGACACUUCGAUGCACGGUGUGGUGGCAGAUGCCUUCUACAUGAGCUUUCGCUCCUACAAGGGGCGCCUCUUUCUUUUGGGCUUCAACGAAAUGCUGAUCGGAGGCCUCUCAAACUGGGCGGAUCGGUUGCUAGCCCUCAUGGAAGCCGGUGACUUCAUCGGUGCGAUCCAGCUGGCCACAUCGUAUUACCAAGGCAGUGCGGAGAAGCUGACCAUUGGCCUCCCGGAAGAGGACGCGUUGAGGCAGCCUCUGGUUCGGGACAAGCUCCUGGAAAUGAUCUCGGCUUCACUGAAGUAUGCCUUUGGACGGAAUGCGGAAGCGAACAGCGGCAGGCUGGGGAACGGACAGCUUGAGAAACUGGCUGAGGCGUCCAUCUCGGCCUGCGUCUGCAUGUCCGAGGAAGACUUCCUCUGGGACGAGGUGUUUAACUGGUAUGAGGAGAAUGGCUUACCGGGGAUCUUCCUCGAUGCGCUCGAACCGUAUAUCGUGGAGGGAACCGUCCGGUCCCUUCCUCCGACGGCAGUCAAAGCUCUCAUCAACCACUUUGCGACGAACCACAGUGCCAGCCGACUGGAAGAGAUCAUCUGUCUGCUGGAUACCGCCACGAUGGACAUUGAUCAAACCACUACGCUGUGUAAGCACCACAACUUGUACGACGCGUUUAUCUACGUUUGGAAUCGCUGCCUGGGAGACUACGUGGGCCCUUUGCAGGAGCUCCUGCAGCUCAUCCCCACCCCAGAGGCGCUCGUCAACGGGGAAUCGGUCGAUGGGCUCAAGCGAUACACCAAUGCGAUGAAGAUGUUUCCGUAUCUCUCCUUCACCCUCACCGGCCGUGUCUAUCCGACCGGGGCAGACAUGGACGACACCGAGGCGACGCGAGCCAAGGCGACCCUGUAUGAUUAUUUGUUUUCCGGAAAGCCCUCUGGCACCAAGCCCGGGGCUCGAUCUCAGCCAGGCGGGUCGUUCCCAGAUCUUCAGGCUAUACUGCGAUUCGAUCCGUCUAGCUUUAUGAGCAUGAUGAAUGAGGCGUUCGAGGACAGUUUUCUGAACGAGCAGGAACUCGACGAGACCCCUUUCCGGGGGGUGUCCAUCAACCGACAAUAUUUGAUUAGCAUUCUGUUACAGGUUAUGACCCAGUCCUUCGAUGCAUCUGAUACGAUUUACCUAGACAUGUUUCUUGCACGCAAUCUUCCCAAAUACCCCCAAUACAUCCUCCUUUCCGGCAGCACGCUUCACCAGGUCUUGGAGCGACUGUGCCGAUACCCAAACCUGGACAUGGCCGACGAUUGUGAGCUGAGCGCCGAGUACCUGCUAUCCUUCUACCACCCGCCCCAUGUCCAAGCCAUGAUCCCGCUCUAUAAGGAAGCGCGCUUUUUCCGCAUCCUAAAGUCCACGUAUCGCUCCGAAAAACAGUAUCCGGAGUUGGUACUCACAUACCUCGAAGACCCGAAUGAGCAGGAGGCCAUCUUUACAUGCCUACAAGACUGCCUUCGUCCUGCCUCCGGCCUGGGCAAGAAGCAGCGGCGUGAUGUUGUCGACGUGGUCAAAGAGCAUGCGGGCCAGCUGGCCGCGAUCGAUGUUGAAAAGGCCGCCCAGACGAUGCACGGCUUCGCCCCAGAGACCCAUGAGACCUUCCUCAAGGUGUUGAAAGAUGACCCCUAUCGGCAGUAUCGGUACUUGGCCGUUGUGGUUGGCGUUUCCAUCCAGUCGGUGGCGGAGGGUCGCCAGGCCAAGCCCAUUGAGAAUUGGAUGGUCGAACGGUACGUGCAACUACUCUGCAAGUACAACCCCUCUCGCGUGGCCGACUUUGUCGAUGAUCUACGAGUUGGGGACGUUCGGUUGGAGGAGCUACUGCCAUUCAUGGAGGAUAGUGGUGUCGUGGACGCCGCCGUGAUUCUGCUGGCUCGACAAGGCCAAGUCCGGGCCGCGAUGGACCGUCUCAUUGCCCAUCUGGGAACCCUCGAGUCCGGCCUGGUGGGCAUCCUGCAAAACAUGCACGACAGUCCGGACUCGGCAAGCACGACGGAGGCCAUUGACCACCUCGUCGAGUCUCUGGACAAGUAUACGCGGGUGGGAACCUGGCUUUGCCAGGGGCAGAGCAAGACGGCCAAGAACUCACGCGCCGUGGAACGAAAUGGGUCAGGCAAGGGUGUUCUGGAGCAGCCUCUUUCGUUCGACGAAAGCCUGUGGCUCGAUCUGAUCGAGGCAGCCGUGCGGACGGCCAGCAGCGUUUUUGGGCUGGGGCAGAAAGGGCCUGCAGAAGUUCCGGUGACCCCAGCGACGAGCCACUUGGUGUCGGCAUUCCGCGCCCUGGUGCAGCAGGUAUUCAUGUCGUUGCUCUCCAGCACGGUGCGGGUUGGAGGAUCGUCGCCCAGCGAGCGUAGCGAUGUCGGCUUCCUGCGGAUCUUGCGGGCAUUCCUCACGCGGGCGGCCAGCUGGUCCCCGUCGCUCCUGGAGCUGCGGGCGGUGCUGGAGUCGAUCUUUUCGGCGUACACGUACGAGAAGUCCCUUUUGGCGCUGGCCAACGGGAUGCUGGACCGGGACCUGUUUGUGCAUGUGGACGAGGUGACGCGGCAGCGGCAGCGGGGAUGGCGACCACGAGGGCAGCUGUGCGAGAUGUGCCGGCAGCGCAUCUGGGGACCUGGGGUUGGGCCCCAGUACUGGCAGGCGUGGGAGCAGAAGCAGGCGGAGACGCAGGAGCAGCGUGUCCGGAAGCGAGUGCAGGAGCAAAAUGAUCCGGCGACCGCGCGGGGGAAGGGCAAGGCCGCCGAUGCAGGUCAGCCGGACCCUCUGGUAGAUGGGCAUGCGGCGGUGGCAGAUGGGGUGGUCGCAAAUGGGGAAGGGGCAGGCGUGGGAGGAGGGCCGGUGGUGGUGUUCUCCUGUCGGCAUCUAUACCAUCGGCGGUGUCUCCUGGAGGUGGCUUCGUCGCGUGCGGCGGGGCGUCCCCCGCAUCAGCCGCCUGGAGCGUUCCAUGGAUGGGAGGAGUUGGUGUGCCCCGUUUGUCCUGUACAUAAUGAGCCAGCGAUGGCAGCGUGA